AUGCGUGAGCUCAUUACGUGAGUUACCGUACGUGAAGGCUCUUCUGUCGGAAGCACAACAUUCCCUUGCAGGAUGGGAAAUGGAGGCCCGACCUUCUUCGGUCCGUGCGCGCGCUGUUGAGAAGAAAUGGACAGGAAGCAGAAAUCGCGGGCCGGGUCACCACACGCGUUACGUCUUGGCGCACGGCAGGCUUUCUGUGUGGAAAGGGAGUGGAUGGUGGAUUGGACAGGGUCAUAGGCUGCUACAAGGCUGGUCUGCCUUUGCAGUGAUGUACAUGUGGGAACUUGCCGACAUGCAGCCUGAACUUUCGCGGACGGAGAGACCCUCUAAUCAGACAGCUGACGACGUGCUUGCAUCCUCGGUCGCCUCCCUUCGAACAUCAGCGUGCAGAUCGGACAGGCAGGAAAUGCUGUGGGAACUGCCUUUUGGCAGACGUGCUUGGCCGAGCAUGGUCUGAGCGACGAUGGUGUGAGUCUUCCUUGCUGUGAGCUACACCUCAUCACUUCUUUCUCGCUAACGAUCUUUGCGCGUCACUUUGCUCCCUGCCGUCUCAGACCUACAUUGGCAACAAUGAAGAUGUCCAGCUGUCCAAGAUUGGCGUGUUUUUCAACCCGGUCAGUCAGACUGGAUCUUCGCCUUGCGCCACAUUUCUCUGCCUAAUGCACGCUGAAUCUCUUGUGUACAGAGCGGUACGGAGAACAAGUAUGUUCCCCGAUCCGUUCAAGUGGAUCUCGAGCCAGGCACGCUUGACCACAUCCGCUCUGGGCCCACUGGCAAGCUUUAUCGCCCUGACUCGUUCGUUGGCGGAGAGGUGCGCUCUGCGUCAUGGCUGCCAUUUUGCCUCCAUGGAGCGCUGAUGCCCCGCGAAUCCUCCCCUACCUCUGCUAUCAUCCCCAUAGUCCGGUGCCGGGAAUAACUUCGCAAAGGGGUACUACACUGAGGGCGCAGAGCUGAUAGAGAACGUCAUGGAUGUCGUUCGCAAGGAGGCCGAAAGAGCUGAGGGCCUCCAAGGCUUCCAGCUUGUCCACUCUUUGGGUGGUGGCACCGGUUCGGGUCUGGGCACGAACUUGCUCACCAAGCUGCGCGAAGAAUUCCCCGACCGUGAGUGACAUUCUGCUUUGCACAGCGAGCAUCACGUGUCAAGCGCUGGACGCUUACGUCUGACUCCGCUGAGACUGCCAAUCCAGGCAUGCUUGCAACUUGGUCCAUCCUUCCCUCACCUAAGGUGAGUUUUUGGGAUCUUGAUAACGCAUGCUGAUCGGCCAGAAGGGGCGCUGACGUGUCGCCGUGCGGCUUGCUGUCAUCAGGUGUCCGACACUGUUGUCGAGCCGUACAAUGCCACUCUGUCUUUCCACCAGCUGGUUGAGAACGCAGAUCUUUCCUUCUCGCUCGACAACGAGGCGCUUUGUGAGUUUCGGAUUUAGCAGUGUCACUGGGCUUCUGGACCAGAAUUCUCAGCCAUGGCAUCUUCUCCUGCUGCGCAGACGACAUUUGUCAACGAACACUCAAGCUAAAGGAACCCAAGUACACCGAUCUGAACACUAUCAUCUCGUACGCCAUGUCUGGUUGCUCGACUACCCUCCGCGUACGUGCCUCCAAGCUAUUGGGUGUGUUGCUUGGUCCACGCUGAACAUCACCUUUCCUCCAAUGAUAGUUCCCUGGUCAGCUAAACUCUGAUCUGCGUAAGCUGGGUGUCAACAUGGUCCCUUUCCCACGUCUGCACUUCUUCUCUGUCGGAUUUGCGCCUUUGGUGUCCCCGGGCUCCAAAGCAUAUCGUGAGUGGGUGCUGCGUCUACCUUCUGAUCACAAGUCUCUGAGCGCAGACAUCCUAUGUCGAUCAUCAGAACAAGUCUCGGUGCCCGAGCUGGUUCAGCAAGGCUUUGACCCGCGCAACAUCAUGGCCGCGAUUGACCCUCGUCGUAAGUGUUUAUAUUUCACGGGUCUGCGGAUCGUUCGCGGCGCUGAGACAAGCAUCCUCCUCCAGUUGGAAAGUACCUGACGGUGGCUGCUAUCUUCAGAGGCAAGGUGAGCGUUCCUCCAUCAAAGUCAGUCCGUGCACUUGACAUGUACUCACCCUUGCCUUGAUUGCUCCUGCAGGUUUCAUCUCGCGAUGUCGAGCAAGAGAUGAUUAACAUUCAGACCAAGAGCGCGACGCAAUUCGUCGAGUGGAUUCCACAAGUGAGUCUCGGUGUGUCAUCCUAUCGUGGUCGUGAUCUGCAGUCGCUGACCAUCAGGAUGAAUCCGCUACUCGCAGAACAUCCUGACUUCUCUCUGCGACAUUCCUCCACCCGGACUGCGCAUGAGCGCCACUUUCAUUGCCAACACAACCUCCAUCCAAGAGGUAAGUACCUUACAUUCUCAUUGAGGUUGGUACUAAACUGGACAGAUUGAUUGCAACGUUGACAUUUUUUGCGCGACUUGCAGCUCUUCAAGCGCACGCACGAAUCUUUCGCUCUCAUGUUCCGCCGCAAAGCCUUCUUGCAUUGGUGUGUGACGCCAUUUGGGAAAGCCGCGCUGGCGAUGCUGGCCGCUGACGUUUCUGCCUCUCCUGACGCGCCGUCUGUAGGUACACCGGCGAAGGCAUGGAGUAAGUCCCGGUUCUGUGGUCUGUGGGCCGACAGUAGAGUACAACUGACCCUUUCUUGCCCCUCGCAGCGAAAUGGAGUUCUCAGAGGCCGAGUCGAACUUGCUCGACCUCAUCUCCGAGUACCAGCAAUACGAGGCUGUUGGCGCAGAGGAUGAGGAACUUGGGGAGUACGUCGAGGAAGAAGAGGCAGAGCCUUUGGAGUAA